UAGUUCCAGUCAGAUCUUGCUACAGUGCGGUUGAUUUUUGGUGUUUUGCCUAAAUCAUUAGUAGCAGUUGUAUCUAGUAUUUCAUUAAUCUAAUCAAGAAGACUUAAUAGAAGAAAAGAAGCGUCAAAAUGAUCCUGCUGUUACUGCUUGCCCUAUUUUUAAUCUCGCUCACCUGGCUCAUUACGACGGUGUUUACCAAUAUCCGAUUGGCACGCGAACUUCAGCGUAAGUUGCCCAACUUUCGAAGCACUCCCGCCCUGCCGAUACUGGGCAGCACAGUGCUGUUCCGGUCGGAUACUUCACCUGCCGGACUGUUUGAAACCUUCACCGGGUUUCAUCGACGCUUUGGCAAUGAUUUGAUCGCUCAAAGUUUUCUCAAUCAACCUAGCCUGCAGGUCACCAGUGCAACGGUGGUGGAGCAAAUAAUUCAUGCGAAAACGAUAAGAAAAUCCAUUAUCUACGAGUUCAUGAAGCCAUGGUUGAACGAGGGGCUGAUUACGGCGUUGGGCAAAAAGUGGGCUCAGCGUAGGAAAGUUAUCACGCCAGCGUUUCACUUUAAGAUUCUGGAGGAAUUUCUGGGUAUAUUCAACGAGCGAUCCGAGGUGUUCGUCACCAAGUUGCAGACGCAUCUGGGAAAGGGUGAUUUCAAUAUCUACGAGAAUGUCACUCUCUGUACACUGGAUAUCAUUUCGGAAUCUGCUAUGGGAGUGAAGAUAAAUGCACAGAACAACCCAGAUUCAUCCUACGUAAAAGCUGUUAAAGAAAUGUCCAAAAUCAUAUUCAUGCGGUUAUUCAGCAUGCUACGAGAGUACAGCAUCUUCUUUCACGCAUCGAAAGCAGCAAAACGUCAACAGGCUGCUCUUGCCGUGCUGCACGGGUUCACCGACUCGGUCAUUCGGGAGCGCAAAUCUCAGCUCGAGGACGAUCAAUCGCACAAGUUAGCACAGCAAAAGUUAGAUGAAACCGACAUUUACGGAAAACGUAAGAUGACACUUCUGGAAUUGUUGCUAAACGUAACUAUUGAGGGUCAUCCGUUGAGCGAUACGGAUAUUCGCGAGGAGGUCGAUACGUUCAUGUUUGCCGGUCACGAUACUACGACAUCCUGCAUCAGUUUCUGUGCAUACCAUAUCACUCGGAAUCCAGCGGUUCAGGAUCGUUUAGUUUCCGAGAUGGAACAGAUAAUCGGGAAGGACUUCCGAAUGGCAGAGUUGACGUACAGCAUGCUGCAGGAGCUGAAGUAUUUGGAUAUGACCAUCAAAGAGGUACUUCGGAUUCAUCCGUCGGUUCCGGUUAUCGGUAGGAAAUCGGCAAGCGAUAUGAUCAUCGACGGUCAGAGCAUUCCCGCUGGUGUUGAUAUUGCCAUCCUGAUCUAUGCAAUGCACAACAACCCGGAGGUGUUUCCUGAUCCUGACAGGUUCGAUCCGGAACGGUUCAACGAAGAGAAUAGCAGCAAGCGGCAUCCGUACAGCUAUAUUCCGUUCAGUGCUGGUGCAAGAAACUGUAUCGGGCAAAAGUAUGCCAUGUUGGAGGUGAAGGCUACGUUGGUGAAACUGUUGGGAUGCUAUCGCCUGUUGCCGUGCGAUCCGCAGAACGAGGUUCGCGUUAUGUCCGACAUGACGCUACGUCCGGUGGAUGGGAUUUUCGUUAAAAUUGAAGCGCGGGGAGCGCUAAGCUUUCUCUCAGAGUGAGCUGAAAAUUGUAUUUAAAUUUUUUUUAUAGAAUUAUAAUUUUAUUGAAUACAGCAUAUACACUUUGAAUCAGAACAAUAAAUCGACUAUUUGGUGGAUUAUAAAAAUUGCA